GUCUGUUUUCGCGCGGAAUCCAGCCGGGCAGGAAGAGGCGGCGGAGAUGGCGGACUCGUCCGAAUCGCAGGCGGCGGUCACCAGCCCGGUGCGCAGUUCACGGCGGGGUGAUGCCUUCACCUCCAGCCCCGGCCGGGACCUGCCUCCCUUCGAGGAUGAGUCUGAAGGGCUUCUGGGGACCCAGGGGCUCCCCGAAGAGGAGGAAGAAGGGGAAGAACUCAUAGGGGAAGGGAUGGAAAGGGACUACCGCCCCAUUCCCGAGCUGGAUGUCUACGAAGCAGAGGGACUGGCCUUAGACGAUGAAGAUGUGGAGGAGCUCACGGCCAGUCAGCGGGAAGCUGCAGAGCGAGUGAUGAGGCAGCGAGACCGGGAGCUGGAGCAGGGCAUGGGCCGCAUGAGGAGGGGACUGCUCUACGAUAGCGACGAUGAAGAUGAAGACCGCCCUUCGCGGAAGAGGCGGCUUGCAGAACGGGCUGCCGAUGGCAUCGAAGAGGAAGAUGAAGACAUGAUAGAGAGCAUUGAGAAUCUGGAAGACAUGAAGGGGCAUUCGGUGAGGGAGUGGGUUUCCAUGGCAGCUCCCCGGCUUGAGAUCUACCACCGUUUCAAGAACUUCUUGAAGACCCAUGUGGAUGACAAUGGGCACAAUGUCUUCAAGGAAAGGAUCAGCGACAUGUGCAAAGAGAACAGAGAGAGUCUGGUAGUGAAUUACGAGGACCUGGCAGCCCAAGAACAUGUGCUUGCCUACUUUCUACCUGAGGCCCCAGCAGAAAUGCUGAAGAUCUUUGAUGAAGCAGCCAAGGAAGUGGUGCUGGCCAUGUACCCCAAAUAUGACCGUAUUGCCCAGGAGAUCCAUGUCCGUAUCUCCCACCUCCCUCUGGUGGAAGAGCUGCGGUCACUCAGGCAACUGCACCUGAAUCAGUUGAUCCGGACCAGCGGAGUAGUGACAAGCUGCACAGGAGUCCUGCCCCAGCUCAGCAUGGUUAAAUACAACUGCAGCAAGUGCAGCUUUGUCCUAGGACCCUUUUUCCAGUCCCAGAACCAGGAGGUGAAACCCGGUUCCUGUCCAGAGUGUCAGUCUCUUGGCCCCUUUGAAAUCAACAUGGAACAGACAGUCUACCAGAACUACCAGCGCAUCAAAAUCCAGGAGAGCCCUGGGAAGGUGGCUGCCGGCAGGCUGCCCCGCUCCAAGGACGCCAUUCUCCUUGCGGAUCUGGUUGAUAGCUGCAAGCCAGGAGAUGAGAUUGAGCUAACAGGGAUCUACCACAACAACUAUGACGGCUCCUUGAACACUGCAAAUGGAUUCCCAGUGUUUGCCACUGUGAUCCUGGCCAACCACAUCGCCAAGAAGGACAACAAGCUGGCUAUUGGAGAACUGACUGAUGAAGAUGUGAAAGUCAUUGUGAAUCUAUCUAAGGACGAGCAAAUUGCAGAGAAGAUUUUCGCCAGCAUUGCCCCAUCUAUUUACGGCCAUGAAGAUAUCAAGAGAGGCUUGGCUUUAGCUCUCUUCGGUGGAGAGCCCAAAAACCCAGGUGGCAAACACAAAGUCCGUGGUGACAUCAAUGUGCUUCUGUGUGGAGACCCUGGUACUGCAAAAUCACAGUUUCUUAAAUACAUAGAGAAGGCAUCCAACAGAGCAAUCUUCACCACUGGCCAGGGUGCUUCUGCUGUGGGCCUCACAGCCUAUGUCCAGAGACACCCAGUCAGCAAGGAGUGGACUUUGGAGGCAGGAGCCCUUGUGCUGGCUGACAGGGGUGUCUGCCUGAUUGAUGAAUUUGACAAGAUGAAUGAUCAAGAUAGGACCAGCAUCCAUGAAGCCAUGGAGCAGCAAAGCAUUUCCAUCUCCAAAGCAGGCAUUGUCACAUCCUUGCAAGCCCGCUGCACCGUUAUUGCUGCUGCCAAUCCCAUAGGUGGCCGAUAUGACCCCUCGUUGACUUUCUCAGAGAACGUGGACCUGACAGAGCCCAUCAUCUCUCGGUUUGAUAUCCUCUGUGUAGUGAGAGACACAGUGGACCCUGUGCAGGAUGAAAUGCUUGCCCGGUUCGUAGUUGGCAGCCACAUCAAGCAUCACCCAGGCAGCAAAGAGGCAGUGAACGGGGAUGCCAGUGAGGUUAUUCUUCCCAACACGUACGGGGUUGAACCUCUUCCCCAGGAGAUCCUGAGGAAAUACAUCACCUAUGCCAAAGAGAAGGUCCAUCCCAAACUCAACCAAAUGGACCAGGACAAGGUGGCCAGGAUGUACAGUGACCUCAGGAAAGAGUCUAUGGCCACAGGCAGCAUCCCCAUCACAGUGCGCCACAUCGAGUCCAUGAUCCGGAUGGCCGAGGCUCACGCCCGCAUGCACCUGCGGGACUACGUGGUGGAGGAUGAUGUCAACAUGGCCAUUCGGGUGAUGCUGGAGAGCUUCAUCGACACGCAGAAGUUCAGCGUCAUGCGGAGCAUGCGCAAGACAUUCUCCCGCUACCUUUCAUUCAAGCGAGACAACAAUGAGCUGCUGCUGUUCAUCCUGAAGCAGCUGGUUGCAGAGCAGGUGAUGUAUCAGAGAAACCGCUACGGGGCUCAGCAGGACACCAUAGAAGUCCCAGAGAAAGACCUGGUGGAUAAGGCUCGGCAGAUCAACAUCCACAACCUCUCUGCCUUCUAUGAUAGUGAAGUGUUCAAGAUGAACAGGUUCAGCCGGGAUGUGAAGCGGAAGCUGAUUGUCCAGCAGUUCUGAGGCCAGCAGUGCACUUUGCCACAUGCUCCUGUGGGAUGAGACCUCCCUCUUGUAGCCCUCCCAGGAGCACUACAGAGAUCACCAUCCAGAGGGACUAAAUUGCAUGUUCUCAUGCUUGUGUUGUGCCAUAUGGAUUAAGAGAGUGCUGAGCUGCCGAAGACCUUGUAAAUAGGACAGAGUUAAGAAGUUAAAUGCUCAGCCAAGUCUGUUUAGCAACUUCCUUUGCUAUUUUGCCUUUUAGCUAAGCACAGCAGGGAGAGAAUUGCUGGCCACAUAGAUGGCCUGUUUGCUGUUUGUUUGGUUGCUAGUUGUUAUGGGCUCAUCUGUGGGAAGGACCAAGGAGUGGGAAUAUUCAAAAAGGAUUUGUCUGCCUUCUCCACACCCCUUGGAUUGCAAACUCCCUUAGGGAUUCUCUUUUCCCAUCUCUGGUGAGUGUGCAGCCUGCUGGGUGAUAAUUGAGCCUGCUUUCAAUUCUCAGUGAACCAGCCAGCCUCUCAGCUCCAGACCUGUGUCCAACACCUCACAUUUCCCCAGGUUCUCACAUGAGUUGACCUUGUGUUUGUUUUUUAAGGGGUUAGAGCAGAGAAGGAUAAGAAUUGAGCUAAAACAUAACUAGUUCUUAUAUGACUGGUGAUCUGUGUGGGCAUUCAAAGCUCCUUCAAUACAUGCUAGGGAGCAUUCAGAAGCCUUAGGGAAGGGGCUUCCCUUGCCUUACCAGGUGUUCUCUCUGUGCAGCUGGCAGAUGUGAAUUUAUGGUGGGACUGAAAUGCUGGCACCUAAACUGAACAACAUCUCUCUUAUCCGUUUGUUGAGGGUGUGAGGAUGAGGUACCCAUGAUUCUGGUUUUGGGAGCAGCAAUGGAGGAGCCCUGAGCCAAAGGUGUUCAGGGAGGACAGGAUGGGCUCAGUGUUGACAUGGGAGUUUUCUUUCAGUGUGCAUUUUUAAUACAUUUGUCUUCAAAUA